AUGGCCGCCAACACCAACACCGCAACUCUCGACGCCGAGAACGCCUACCAGAGCCCUACAGUUCCCCCGACAAAUGAUGUAGCUCGCGCCAACACAACUUCUACCACUGGAGCCGGCGUCGGAAGCACUGUAGGGAACAAUGCCCACGUUGCCGGCAACACCGCGACGCACGCUGGCACUCACGCACCGGUCGGCGGCGGGGAUGCGCCGACGACGCGUUCUGGAGGCAUCGGGGGACAGAUCAAGGGCGCACUCGCCCAAGGACAUGGCGUUGGCGAGGUGCUGAGGGGCAAGUUCAACUCAGCGGUUGACACUGCGGCUGGCGACACGGCUGGGCAGGCCAAGAACAAGAACAUCGCCACGGGAGGCGAGAGGGAAUUUGCGGGCAAGGACUUUGUGAAGAAGGGUACCCUCGACAAGGCACUUUGA